AUGGCCUCACGUACUCCAGCCGUUGUUAUGGACAAUGGCACUGGAUUCUCAAAGCUUGGGUUUGCUGGAAAUGACUCUCCAUCAUUCGUAUUUCCCACAGCAAUAGCAACCAAAGGUCCAGGAGCAGGCAGUGGGGGAACAGGAUCAGGCAGGCCAGCAAUUGCAAAUAAACCUUCUUAUCUGACAGGGGGAUCUAACCCUGGUGGGCACCUUUCCAUGAAAAGGGGAACGGAAGAUCUGGAUUUCUUCAUUGGCGAUGAAGCCCUGGCAGCGGCAAAUGGACCAGGAUAUAGUGUACAUUAUCCUAUACGUCAUGGGCAGGUAGAAAAUUGGGACCAUAUGGAACGUUUCUGGUCAAAUUCCAUAUUCAAAUAUCUUCGGGUCGAGCCUGAAGAUCACUAUUUUCUUCUUACUGAGCCUCCGCUAAAUCCACCCGAAAACCGAGAAAAUACAGCAGAAAUUAUGUUUGAGUCAUUUAAUUGUGCCGGGCUUUAUAUUGCUGUGCAAGCUGUUCUUGCACUAGCUGCUUCAUGGACCUCAUCAAAAGUUUCCGAUCGAUCAUUAACAGGAACGGUUAUCGACUCUGGUGAUGGUGUAACUCAUGUCAUACCCGUUGCGGAAGGGUACGUGAUUGGAUCUUCAAUCAAAUCAAUUCCAAUAGCGGGCCGGGAUAUCACAUAUUUUAUCCAAUCACUCCUACGGGAUCGUGGGGAACCCGAUUCAUCACUGAAGACCGCAGCGGAAAUAAAAGAGGCUUACUGCUACGUAUGUCCAGACAUGGUGAAGGAAUUUAAUCGAUUUGAUCGUGAUCCCACGAGGUUUCUGAAACACAACGUCAUAAAAUCUGGUGGUCGGCAGGUAACAGUUGAUGUUGGGUUUGAACGAUUUAUAGCGCCAGAAAUUUUUUUCAAUCCCGAGAUUUACUCUUCUGAAUUUUUGACACCCUUACCCUCAGUCGUUGACAGUGUUGUUCAGACCUCGCCAAUUGAUGUUCGAAGAGGACUCUACAAAAAUAUUGUACUCUCAGGAGGGAGUACACUCUACAAAGACUUUGGUCGGAGGUUGCAGAGGGAUAUCAAACACUUGGUUGAUGCUAGAAUUAGAGCAAGUGAGAUGAAAAGUGGUGGCGCAAAGAGCGGUGGGAUGGAAGUCCAAGUUAUUUCACAUAAACGGCAGCGACAUGGGCCUUGGUUUGGUGGAAGUUUACUGGGCCAAACACCAGAGUUUAGAAGUUACUGCCACACCAAAGCAGAGUAUGAUGAAAUUGGGCCGUCUAUCGUUAGAAGAUUUGCUCUGCUCGGUGGACCUGGCGGAUCAUAA